ACUAUCGAGAGUGGUUAGCCCAGCUCUAAAAAAGUGUUUCUAGAAAAACAGAGAAAAUAAACUUUUUCGUGCAUUUUGCCUGUGCAAAAAGCGAGAAUCUGUUCGCGUUCGUUUGCCGUACGUAUUGCACAACCUCGUGCAAUAAAUUCGCGCGGAUUUUACGACCAGAGAAUCGCGAAAUCAAAAAAAUAUUCGCAGCAAGAAGAAGAGCGAACGGCAGUAGCAGCUAUAAUAUAAUUGUCGCUGUUGUUGUGGUUGUUUGUGUUGGUGUUAGUGCUAGUGUUAGUGGUGUGUUAUGUUGUUGUUGUUGCUGCUGCCUCCUCUGGGAUGAUGCUGUAAAGUAAAGUAAAAGUGGUGGCAAAAGCAAAAAGCCCGUGUGUGUGCAACGCAAAAUACACGCUGCAACUAGGGAGCAAGCGUAAAUGAUGAGAACGAUGGCGAUUUGAUAGGCCCGCAGUAGUUUCGAAUAAAACAAGCUGAGUGUUCGUGGUACAAAAAAUUGCGCCAAUAAGCAAGAGCAAACGCAAACAUCGUUUGUUUUAUUGCAUUCCCUACACACACACACACAACCACGCACUCGGUCGCAUACAUAUGCGAUGCAGCAGCAACAGAGAUUUUUUUGACCACACUCACUCACAUCCACAUGCAUCCACGCAGCAAAAGGACAACAACAACAAAAACAAAGAUAGUCAAAUGUUUAACUUGAGUGAUCUGGUUGCCAAGGAUUAGAGCCACCAUUACAGAGUGAGAGGAUACGAGAAGGAGCCAAGGAACCACCGCUAGCGAAGAUGUCGCGUUGGGGCAAAAACAUCGUGGUGCCGCUGGACUCGCUGUGCAAGGAGAAGGAGAACACCAACCGGCCUACUGUCGCCCGAUCCGUGGGGACUGUGGGUAAAUGGGGCAAGAUGGGCUUCACCUCCACUCGCACCUACACCCUGUCCGCCAUCCAUCCGAUGGCUGCGGCAGCGGCGGCGGCUGCAGCAGCCGCAAGUCCCUCCCAGAGUCCCGCCUCCACGCAGGAUCACGAUCCCAACGACCUGUCCGUUUCGGUGCCAGAGCCGCCGAAACCGAAAAAGUUCUUCAAAUCUAGGAAUGCAGCUCCGCCAGAAGUCAUAGCCCAGAUCAUCCAGCAGAUGCCCCAUUGCGGAGCCAGUGCAUCGCCCAUGCGGGAUCAGUUCUCAACGGGGACGGGAGGUGGUGGCGCCACGCCUACUUCCAGUGCCCAGGAAGCGGUCGGACAGAAGCUAAAGCCGGGCAAGGGCGGCAGUUCCGCAGAGCGGAAGCGCAAGUCGCCCAAGAAGAAGGCAUCAACAACGCCAUCAGCAGCAGCAGCUUCGACGCCUUCGACGCCUGGUGCGUUUUACAGCGCCUCCGAUCGGGAUGGUGAUGGGCUAAGUGACCCCGCCUCGGAUCAGCCGGAGCCGUCCAGUGCCUCGGGCAAACAGAAGCAGAAGAAACCGAAGGAGGAGAAGAAGCUGAAGCCAGAGGCACCGCCAUCACGGGUUCUAGGACGCGCCCGCAAGGCCGUCAACUAUUGUGAAGUAGAAGAAGAUGAGCGCUAUCCCACGCCCACCAAGGAUCUGAUCAUUCCGAAGGGGUCGCGCCAGCCGGCAGAUGUGGCGGCCACGGCAACUAACGCCUCCGCAUCGGAAGCUUUUAUCAGCUCCACGUUCGGCAGCCCGGGAUCAGAGCCCUCGCUACCCCCGCCCACAUCUGCACCCAGUGCACCCGCGUCUAUGUCGUCCCAGCUGCCCUCCGUAUCUGGCGGCGCGUCAAAUCCUCCGAGUGCCUCCCGCACGCCAGAACAUCCUCCCAUCGUGCUGCGAAUCUCCAAGGGUACUUCGCGCUUGGUUAGCACGGAUAGCGAGGAGCCGCCGAGCAGCUCUCCCGCUCACCAGAACCAACACAACCUGCUUCCGGUAAUAGAGGACGAGACAGCUGAGCGCAUCGGAGACGAAACAGUUCCUGCAAGUACGCCAAAAAUUACAGUGAAGCCACUGAGACCGCCACCAGCAGCAGCAGAUUCGGUGGAAGGAUUAUCAGUGGCAGGAGGAACAGCAGGCGAUUCCUUUGAGGAACGCAAGUCACUGGACCCAAACGAAGACGAGGAGGACGAAGAGGAGGAGGAGGACGAGGAAGAGGAACCGCCAGAGAUUAACUACUGCACGGUCAAGAUAUCGCCAGAUAAACCACCCAAGGAGCGUCUCAAACUGAUCAUCAAGACAGACGUGAUUCGCAACGCCAUCGCCAAAGCAGCAGCUGCUGCGGAAUCCCGCAGCGAAAAGAAGUCCAAGAGCAAGAAACACAAGCACAAGCAGAUAUUGGCCGCGGGAUCUGGAGCAAAUUCAGCAUCUGGAUCCAAUCCUGCCGAGCCCAACUCGGAGUUUAAGACGCCUUCACCUCACCUAGCUUUCAGCGAAGCCAAUAGUCAGCAAGCACAGCAUCCGCCAUCUCAGCAUCAUCAAUUGCAUCCGCAGCGAGGCUCCACGGUUAUAUCGCCCACAACUCGAUCAGAUCACGACUUCGACUCGCAGUCUUCUGUGUUGGGGAGCAUCUCCUCCAAGGGAAAUAGCACGCCGCAGCUGUUGGCGCAAGCCGUGCAGGAGGACAGCUGCGUAAUUCGCAGUCGGGGUUCCAGUGUGAUCACCAGUGACCUGGAGACGAGCCAACACUCCUCCCUGGUGGCACCACCCUCGGACAUUGAGUCGCGACUAGAGUCCAUGAUGAUGACCAUCGAUGGAGCUGGCACGGGAACAUCAGCUGUUGUGCCAGAGACCCCGCUGCAGGAAGACAUACUGGCUGUGCUGCGUGGAGAAGUCCCACGACUAAAUGGCAACACAGAUCCAGAGCCAACAGAGGAGGAGGAUCAACAGCAGCCGAAGAGAGCCACUCGUGGUAGGGGCAGGAAGGUUAAUAACAACGCGGAUGUACCACCUCCAGCAACGGAGACCAGAACACGAGGCAGGGCCAAAGGUGCGGAUGCGAAUGCGGCUGCUAUUUCGCCGCCGGCACCCAAGAGAAGUACGCGAGGCACUCGAGGCUCUAAAAAAGCCGAGCAGGAAAUCGAAAUGGAAGUAGACGAAACGGCGACGACUGCGGUGCCAGCGAACGAGGACCAACUGGAAGAAGCUACACCUCUGCCGAGAAGAGGUCGCAAUGCUGCAGCCCGAGCCAACAAUAAUAAUUCAGCCAGCGUCAACAACAACAUCAACAAGAUAGCCGCCAGUCUAUCUGCCAAAGCCGAGGCUAGUCGUCUAGUGGAAGGAGCUGCUGUUGGGGCACCACGUAGUUAUGGCCGAAAGCGAAAGAACCAGCAGGUGACGCAGGUUCUGCAACAGGAACAGGCGCCCGAAGAAGAGGAAACUCCAGAGGCCGAAGAGGAGCAGCCCACGCCCGCAAAGAUUCCACACACCGAUCACAGGGAACACUCGCCGGACCAUGAUCCGGAUCCUGAUCCAGACGAGCUGUCGAACAACUCAAACAACUCUUCGAUGCAGCACGACGGAUCCUCCUCCUCACCCCCACCGCGCGAUUUCAAGUUCAAGGAUAAAUUCAAGCGAACUCUUACCUUGGAUUCCCAGGGUGCGGCAAAUGCGGGAGCGGGAGGAGCGCCGGCAGCAGCAGGAGUAUCAGCUGAACCCUCUGGUGAACAACGAGGAGCUGUUAAGUUGGUUAUAUCGAAGAAGAAAGGUAGCAUCUUCAAGAGCCGCGCACUAGUACCAUCCGAUCAAGCGGAACAGGCGACAGUUGCCAAGCGGCAUCUGUACAAGCAUAGCUGGGAUGCCGCGCUGGAGGCAAAUGGCGGUGGUACCGGCAGCGAUGCCAGCAAUGCCUCGGCAUCCGGUGUAGGCGUAGCCGGGGCCAAAGAUCAUCUGCUACAUCAUUUGGUGGCGGGCAAAUCCGAUGGUGAUUUCGGUGACAGUCCCUCGUCGAACAACAAUGGCUCCUCCAGUGCUUGUAGCAGUGCGUCAACGUUGCGCGGUGACAGCCCGGCUCUCGGAAAAGUGUCGCGACUUGCGACGAAACAGGGAGUGCCAGCCACCUCCACCAGUGUCGAUGCGUUUGACCUGGAUUUGGAACCAAUUGCCGGAGAUCUCGAUCUAGAGCGCAGUGCAGCGGGAGCAGUUUCUGGCGGAGCGGGUGGAGUAGCAGGCGGUGGAGGAGGAACAGGUAGCGGCGGACCCAUUCGCGUCGAUCGUAAAACUAAGGACUACUACACGGUCGUGCGAAAUGUGAAGACGGCCCACCAGAUCCAGGAGAUCGGGGAGUACCAGGAAAUGGACGAUGAUGUCGAAUACAUCCUAGACGCACUCCAGCCUCACAAUCCACCUGCGACGCGCUGUCUAUCCGCUCUACAGUUGGCAGCCAAGUGCAUGAUGCCAGCCUUCCGGAUGCACGUGCGUGCCCACGGCGUUGUCACCAAGUUCUUUAAGGCAUUAUCCGACGCCAACAAGGACCUUAGCCUGGGCUUGUGUACCUCUGCGAUCAUGUACAUCCUCUCCCAGGAGGGUCUUAACAUGGAUCUGGAUCGUGACUCCCUCGAACUAAUGAUUAACUUACUGGAGGCGGACGGUGUGGGUGGAAGCACGGAGAGUGGACACCCAGAUCGAGCAGGCUAUGACCGCAACAAGAUGAAAGUCCGAGAACUGUGCGAGGAGAUCAAAGCGCAGGGUAAAGGCACGCAUCUCAACGUAGAUUCUUUAACAGUGGGUACGCUGGCAAUGGAGACCCUACUCUCGCUGACAUCCAAAAGGGCGGGUGAAUGGUUCAAGGAGGAUCUGCGCAAGCUAGGAGGUCUGGAGCACAUUAACAAGACCAUUUCGGAUUUCUGUAGACCGGUGAUUGCCAGCACUACAGAGAUUAAUUGGCAGCCGGCGCUACUGGACAACAUGCAAACGGUGGCACGAUGUCUGCGUGUCCUCGAAAAUGUAACGCAACACAAUGAGGCCAACCAGCGCUACAUGCUCACCUUUGGACAGGGAAAAGCUGUGGAGACACUAUGCCAACUGUAUCGCCUGUGUAGCCGACAGCUUAUGUUGCAUCCAUCGGUGGACUGUGCUGGCAGCAAUAAGGAGCAUCCGGGUGUGGCCAUGAGGGAACUGCUGGUCCCGGUGCUCAAGGUACUGAUUAACCUGACGCACACUUUCAACGAGGCGCAGCCAUCGUUGGGAGCCGAGUUGCUUGGUCAGCGGGGAGAUGUGGUGGAUACGAGCUUCCGGCUGCUGCUGCUCUCGGCAAACUACAUUCCCGACCACUGUGUCUUCGAGUUAAGCAUACUGGUUCUAACCCUGCUAAUCAAUCUGUGCAUGCACACACUUCCCAAUCGGGCCGCAUUAAUGCAAGUUGCUGCUCCGGCAGAGUACGUGGCGGACAAUCCACCGGCCCAAGGAACUGUGAGUGCAUUGCAAGCUCUGCUCGAGUACUUCUACAAGUGCGAGGAACUAGCCAGAUUGGUGGAGAAGAAUACAGACGCCUUCCUCGAGAAUAACGAGAAAGGAAAGAAGAAACAAGAAGAAGUGGAGGAGACGGUCAACAAUCUUCUGCAACGCGCCGGUCAUCACAUGGAGCAUACGCUGAAGGGAAGCUAUGCCGCCAUCCUGGUAGGAAACUUGAUCGCGGACAAUGAGCUAUACGAGUCUUUGGUGCGACGCCAGCUGCGAGGGCACAGUUUCAAGGAGAUUAUCGGUGUGCUGGAGAAGUACCAUACAUUCAUGAACCUUACCUCCAGCUUGGAGGCAGCCUUUGUGGCGCACAUGAAGUCUACGAAGCGCAUCAUCGAUAACUUCAAGAAGCGCGACUACAUUUAUGAACACUCGGAUGAGCACGACAACACCCUGCCUCUAAAUCUGGAGACGACGGCGCAAGUUUUGGCCGUGGGAACGGACACGUCGCAUACUGCUGCCGCCUCGUGCUCAUCCACUACUUCCGCCUCAGCUUCCUCAUCCACAUCGCCCACAGGAUCGACAAGGGUGACACGGGUGUACAAGACGUACAGCAGUCACAGAUAAUCGGACACGGGAUCGGGAUCGGAGAGCCAUCGCCAUUGUCGUUAACCACACCGAAAGCCUGCCACCAAAAUAAAAUUAUGUUGUUUGUGAUUAUGUAAUUUGUUUAUGCGUUGAUAUAGCAACCACUAUAUGUAUGUGUAUAGUAUGUAAUGCACCUAGUUUCAGUCAGCUGUACCCCCACAUAUAUAUAUAUAUAUAUAUUUAAACCUAUAUAUAUGUAUAUUAAAGUAUAUGGCUAAGAGCGUUAGGAUACAAAGCGAUCUGAUCUGUUUAUGCGUUUGUAUUAACCCAAAGUGAUAGCAAAUUCUUGAGCAUGGUCUGCGUUUUAACUAAAAAUAUGAUAUGAUAUAGAGAUUGACGAAUUGAAAGCGUGAAAACAAACCCCGAACAACACAAAGAUCCAAAUCCCCUACUGAUAUGAGUACGUUAUAUAGUCAUAAGCAAUAUUAGCAGCUAAACGUCGGCUUACCCUCACGAAAACUUACACCCAUGUAAAUAUUGUUUAAACAGCGAUUUUAUCUGACGCGACUAGGUUUAUUUCGAAUGUGUUUUUUUUACCUACUCUUACCUUAAAUAUUAAAUCAUUUUUUUAUUCGUAAAUUUAAAAACGCUCUCGACAAAAAAAACUGCAGGAGAAAGAGCGAGAGCGAUCGACAUAAGUGUAAAGUGAUGGAGGAGAAAAUCUAGUUUCGAUGAAGAAAAUAAAGUUAUUUUAUUGCCUAAACUUAA